AUGAAGGAUAAAGAAGUGUUUCGGAGAAGUCGUGCGUCUGGUUUAUACACCCCGCUGCCAGUAAGAACUUUUUCCCCUAGGUAAGACUAUAAGUGACGCUAACACCAGUCGAGCAACAAACAUCCCAGUUGGUGGUUUCUGCUACCGGCAUUAGAAGAAGACAAAUGCGUCUCCUUAUUUACUGUGAUAUAAUCAAUCCUAGGAUGGUAUAGUGCGGUCUUUCUCCUGUCUCAAAGGUACAUUGGCAAGCAAUUGCCUGCCCCUACUAUGUUUUGUAAACUGACAGCUUGCUCGAGCACCAUAGACUGGUUUUACUUGGGAGGGGAAAAUGACGCAAUCUAACGCUGUGCUGUGGCUUAAAGGCCUUUUACACCGUAUGAACGUUUCUGGACCCCAUUCUUCUAUUGGUUUGAUACUUAAGCUGAGGAAAUUUUAGAAGUCCUCACAGGAAGAACUGUGUCCAAGAAAAUUCUCCGGAAGAGUGAUCCUGCUUUAGCCUGAUCCGCAAAAAUCCGGAGGUGUGGUGGAAAACAAAGUACAGUAGACUUAAGGUUUAGCGAAAUUAGCUGAAACUGAUACGUCCUUCAAGUUCAGAUGUAGAGAGUAAGAAGCCUACUCAUGCCUUCAAGGAACUAACGCAACCCUGUAUGCUUAAAUCGAGAAUGCUAUUUUAUUAUUAAGCUAAAUUUAAUCUGUAAUUACCAAGGUGCUGCUAUAUAUUUCAUUUGGAAUAGAAAUAAACAUAAGGACACUGUGAUUUACGUCAGUGAUAAAGCUAAGGACUCAGACGGAACUGUGAUAAAAUCAUUACCUCGUAUCUCAGAAACAAAUCAGUAAAUUUGGAACAGAGACAAUCUGUGAUUAACUUCUACCUAAUUUGCUUUCAAAUAAUGAAUCGUUAUCAGUACGGCGGAUAAAAGGUUAUUCAUGCCCUUAAAAAUAUAGAUUUAGGAAACAGUUAUUUUUGUGCUUCUUGCGUCCAUUAGACAUCGUGAUUUUCGACGAUUUAAAAAGUAAAAAGAAGACGAGAAACAAGUUGUCGGGCGAAUCCUAUUGCCACUGUUUUGAAAGAAGUUUCCGGACUUCUUGGGGAGACACAGUACUGACAUGAGUGCUAAAUAUCCUGCUGCUACGAAUCGUUUUUUUCGUGAAGUGUGAGGUGGAUUGGGUGCAAGCAUUUCAAUUGUUUGGAAACUGGUGAUAUACAAGGCAUAACGAAUGAAUCAAUAGACAGACUGGACUCGUUACAAAAGUGCCUGUGAAGUGCGUGUUCUGUGGCCAGGAAGGCGGAUCUUGACCGUCCAUGGCAUGCGAUUGCUUGCGCCGCCUGGGGACUGAGAGAUCCCUCAGAUCUUGAUUUAGUGUUGGCGUUGCUGAGGCACUAGAGUGAAUCACUCUCUCUUCCUAUCGAAGUUCAACUACAAUGAUUUUCGAUUCGUUUGGGAAAAUCCAUGUUGACCUCCAAAGAUACGAAGAAUACUCAAGUUGACGACGGCAGAUCCUGACUGUUGUCCAAAGAAAGGGAAGUGAGCAGAAGGGAAUAGGUUGAGAAGACAUUUGUCACCAUGACUGUUACCUACACACACGAGGUUGCAACCUGCAACAAAUUUGGUACCUUUUGGAAGUUAUUGUUCAGAUGGAAAGGCGGUAUUUAUAAAUUAGUAUGGCCGGAACUAUUCGUGUACACGUUCCUGUAUUACAUAUGCAGCAUCGUCUACAGAUUCCUUUUGGAUGAGCCCAGUAAAAGAACCUUCGAGAAGGUGUCGCUAUACUGCCAGUACUUCUCUGAUCUUAUACCGGUGUCGUUUGUGUUAGGUUUUUAUGUGUCCAUUGUCGUGCAAAGGUGGUGGAACCAGUAUCAAACCCUUCCAUGGCCAGACAGUCUGGCCCUAUUUAUUUCAACAUCCAUCCAUGGACAGGAUGAACGUGGCAGGCUUAUGAGGCGGACUAUAAUGCGGUACUGUAACCUUUCAGUGCUAUUUACGUUCAUAAUGAUAGCACCCGGAGUUAAGAAGCGCUUUCCAACUAGAGACCAUUUAGUUGAAGCUGGUUUCAUGACAGAGAAUGAGCAGAAAAUCUUUGAUGAUUUAGAUACUAAAACACCACAUCCUAAAUACUGGAUGCCACUUGUUUGGGCUGGAAGCAUUGUAGCAAGAGCUAGGAAAGAAGGAAGAAUUCGUGAUGACUUUGCUGUUAAAACUAUCAUUGAUGAAAUCAACAGGUUUCGUGGUUUAUGUGGAGGACUUCUCAGUUAUGAUUGGAUAAGCAUCCCUCUAGUUUAUACUCAGGUUGUGACUCUAGCCGUGUAUACCUUUUUUAUUGGCACAAUUAUGGGACGUCAGUUCUUGGAUCCAAAGCAAAAUUUACCCAAGCAAGACAUUGACUUCUAUGUUCCAAUUUUUACCUUUCUUCAAUUUUUUUUCUAUAUGGGUUGGUUGAAAGUGGCUGAAUCUCUUGUGAAUCCCUUUGGAGAGGAUGAUGAUGACUUUGAAGUCAAUUGGUUGGUGGACAGGAAUUUACAGGUAUCGUACUUAAUUGUGGACGAAAUGCACAGUGAGCAUCCAGAACUUAUUCAGGACAAAUACUGGGAUGAAAUUUUCCCUACAGAGCUUCCUUAUACCAUUGCUGCUGAGCAGUUCAGAAUAGAGCCUCCACAAGGCUCAACAGCUAAUUUAGAGGUCCCAGAGCUAGAACAAGAGUUCUUGCCUCUUCUAGAGGAGGAGGAGGAGGAAGACGAACCAGUUCAUGGUACAGAUGCAGUUCAGGAAUUGGAGAAUGGUGAAACGAAGGCCAUAGACAUAAAGUUAACUGGGAGUAGAGUAUCAUCAGCUUCUGGCUUGGCAUCACCUCCCCAGUCAGCGAGCCGAAAACCUUCUAUACUUUCUCAACUUGUCCAGAGAAUGAAAUAUGGCAGCAGUGAUAAUCUUAGACGCAGGAGUAUACGACCCAUUGGAAGCACAACUUCAAUGCGUACAGCAAGAAAGAAUCGUGGAUUCAAUAGAUCUGCUUCAAGGAUGUCAUCCACUUCACAAGUUACAAGCCAGAGUCGGGAAUCUGUUACUCGAAAUCCAACACUGCUCACUCAGGGUAGUGGUAUCUUUCGCAUGUCUGAUUUGUCGAUAAACACAGCUGGCCGAGAUGAUCCCACUAGUCCAAAAAGCAGAGGUGGCAUUGGUUCACAAGAUGAUGAUGAGCCAAUACACAUAAAAAUAAAAAGAAGAGAUAAAGAUGGUCGGGUAAUUAAAUCGCCUUCAUCAGAUGAAUUUGAGUGUGAAAGUGAGUCAAGUCGCACAAAUCUUAUUGGGAAUUUGAAAAAGCCUGGAUCUCGGAUGUUCGCAUAUGAGAGUAUGAGUGAUGAGAACUCAGAGGACAAUAAUAACAUGAAGCGGGCUAAAGCAGACAACAAAAGUUUGGGCAGUAGCUGUUCUACGACGUCCAUCUUUCAAGGUGAUGAUGAUGAAAAUGAAAAAAGCCUUGAUGUUGAUGAAAAAAUAGCAGGUGUGUGUUUUAUUUUUUUUGAGAACAUUCCCAGGCACAGUGCCCAACUUCAGACGAAGCAGAAGCGGGGGGUGAUCAAGGGCCUGAAGGGGGCGUUCAGCAAGAUCCGAAUCCAGAGUCCGCAUCAUCCCCAAGAGUUGAGUAAGUCAGCAGCUGCUGCAGCAUCAUCCUCAUAUACUUUAAGUAAAUGGCUGAGUUCCGAAAGCUCAAAAGUCUAUCCAGUGAAGUCAGAUGAAGAUGAGCAGUUUGCUGAUGAAGAACCAGUAGUACCAAGAACAGGAGGUGUGAGCUGUAGCUUACCAGUUUCACCAGCCCGGAGAGUACCCUCAGGGAGCAGCAGGACAGCAAAAAGUUUGGGGACUUUUGACUCGGACACAGAAAGUUGUGACUUAGGAAGUCUUCUGGACAUACCAUUAUCUCCUCCUGAGAGUCCAAUGAUCAAAAUCAAUGGAAAGAGCAUUGACCAAGAGAGGGAAAUGCCUACUGGUGAGAGCACUCCUCAAGUGAAAGUUAUUCUCACCACACCAGAAGAAUGUCUCCUCACUCCACAGAAGUCUUUAGGUGAUACCAAAAUUGACAUUUCAAAAGACACUGAAGAUCUACCAGCACAAGGAAUGGCCGAAUCCUCAGAAAAAGCUGGUAAGGAUACUUUAAGUGAAGCCAAACUGUCAAUAUUAACAGAAAAGGAACUAGAACCAAUACCUGAGGUAGAAGAUAACAGUGGUGGGAAACAUACCAGGGAAAUGUGGGUAUGACAGUGGCUGAAACAUUAAGUAGUGAAGCACAAUGUUUUUGUUUUCAAUAGUUUUGUAUGUUAGAUUAUAUAAUAUUUUACCUAAAGUUAUUUUAAACUUUUACCACGUAGAUUAUACAAUUAUUUGGUAUUUAAAUUUUAUACUGUAAAUACAAUAAUUAUUGCAGCGUUGUCUGUUUUCCACAAUUGUUCAGAGGAAACUUGGCUCUGUAUUAGGAAGUGACUUUUUUAGGGAUACUAUUUAGAUAUCUUUGGUUCUUAAGCAAGAAUCCAUACUCCAUUCUGAAUCCAUACUCCAUUCUGUAUCAUAACUGUGAAGUGGUUUACCAUGUAAAUACUGAGCAUCAUAAACCCAUUAGACAUUAGAUUUUAUAAUAAUAAUAAUAUGUGCUUGACAGACAGUGUGUGUGCUGUACACAUAAAAUGUACUAUCGUAGGCAGUCUGUAUAUUAUUACUGGUUUUGGUCACUAAUUUUCAUUACUGAUCUGCUUAACCAGAACACUUUACACUAAAAAAAAUUUUUAAUGGUAAAUUAAUAAUACAUUUUCAUCUUAUUCAUUUAUGGAAUUUGCCAGGGAACUAAAUACUUAUAACAGUUGAGAUCAAAAUUCAAAGGUUUUCAAGAGAAGGUAUUUCUAGGAUUGAAGUACUUUGCAGCUCUUAUAAUUGUGGUUAUAUAAUAUGACAAUCACCUAAUUUUACUUAUUUAAAACCUGCACAGGAUUUUCCAACUUAAUUUGCUGGUAGUACCAUCAAUAAAUCAUUGUUAAGGAUGCUAUAUAAAUAAUUUUACUGA